AUGGAAAAUCAACAUGUUUGCAACAAUGAGCAUUCUUUGGUAUUCAAUGAAGACGAGAGAAGAGGAAUUCUUUGUUGGGCAUGCAGGGAACCAGUAUUGGGUCCUAGUUAUAGUUGCAUAAAAUGCAACAAGUUUCACCAUCAUAAAUCGUGUGCAAAACUACCUCGUGAGUUGCAACAUCCUUUGCAUCCAAAACAUUCUCUUAUUCUCUUUGCGGAAUGGAAACGUGUUUGUGACAAAGAGUAUAGCAAAUGCGAAGUCUGCAAAGAAUUUCUUGAGGAAUACACUUACGGUUGUUUCCAUUGCAACUUUAACCUUCACAGCAAAUGUGCUUCUUUACCACUCACCAUAGAAACUGAAGUCCAUGACCACCUAUUAACACGCAUGUGGAAGUCAAUAAAGUUCACUUGUGACCUUUGUGGCAAAGAAGGCAAUGUGCCCUUUCUUUGUGCAUCGUGCAAUUUCUGUAUUCAUCCAAGUUGUGCGUCUUACGUACGCAAUGUCAAAGUUAUACGUCAUGACCACAUCCUCCACCUUACCAUUUCUUCUCUUGAAGUUAGUCAAUCUGUUUCCCGAUUUUGUCGCCUCUGUGUUCAGAAAGUGGACACAGAUUAUGGGUUUUACUAUUGCUCAAGUUGCGAUUUUGUUGCUCACCUUGACUGUGCUACGGACAAGGAAAAUAGGGAGGACAUAAAUUUGCUAAAACUUAUGGAUGAGUCAAAAAAUGAUGAUCUAGAGCUGGAUGGAUCUAUAAACUCAAAAACUUACAUAGUCAAAAAAAUCAAUGUAGGUGAGGAUGGAAUUGAAAUUGUCACAGAAGUCAAACACUUCAGUCAUGAACAUGACUUAAAGCUUACCAAUGAGGUUGAGAAUAACAAAAAAUGUAAUGGUUGCUUACGAGUCAUUCUCCCUCCAUUUUACAGUUGUACCAAGUGCAACUUCUUUCUUCAUAAAUCUUGUAUUGAAUUACCUAGAAAAAAACGACACCCACUUCAUCGACACCCACUCAACCUUCUCCCAAAGGCACCUUAUAGGAGUAAGUUAUUUAGGUGUGAUGCUUGUUGCCAAGAUUGCAAUGGCUUCACCUACCAUUGUGAGGAAUGCAACUUUGAUCUUGAUGUUCAAUGUAGUUUGAUGUUGGACGUCCUUAUCCACAAAGGGCACGAGCAUUAUCUUCACCUCUCCAACACAAGAUAUGAACAGAAAUGUAGUAGUUGUGACUUUGAAAGUUUCCAAGUAUAUCGUUGUAUUACUUGUGAAUUUGCAUUAGACUUUAAAUGUGCUACACUACCACUUACUGCAAGGUACAGACAACAUGAGCAUCCCUUCACUCUCAAUUAUGCUGUUGAAGAUGACUCUGGUGAAUAUUAUUGUGAUAUAUGUGAAGAAGAACGAGAUCCAAAGCUUUGGUUCUACUACUGUGCAGAUUGUAGUUAUCCUGCUCAUCCAAAAUGUAUUCUUGGGAACUACCCAAAUUUUAAGUUUGAAAGUUCUUACUCAUUUUAUUGUCACCCACACCCCCUUACAUUCAUUGAGAAAAUUAGAGACCAUCCUACUUGUCACAAAUGUGGCCAUCCUUGUGAAGAACUUACCUACCAAUGUGCCCCGUGUAAUUUCAACUUGCACAGGCCUUGUUUAUUGAAAUGACAAAUGUGAUUUUUAUACUAUACUUGGUCCACGUAAUUUUUGGUGCGAGAAAUUCAUCAAAUGACAUUGCAAUAGUUAUUUUUAAUGCACUUUCUUGGCAUCAUGAUCCACAUAGGACAUAAAUACACUGUCCAGCUCAUGGUUGUAUGUGUCUAGUUGUACCUUGCCUUAUCCUCAUAUGUUAGAAACCGGAAGUGUGUAGAUAGUAGGAUCUUUUUAGUUUUAAAUGUUUUAUGGUACAAUAUCUAGAAUGGGAAGUUGACAAUCAAUGUGGAACAUUGAGUUAGGGAUAUGAUGACAAUCCUGGAACUAAAAGGCGAACUACAAGAAUUUCUUAUCAGUUGUGUAGGACUACUUUUCCUCUCUUCUCUUUCUAUGCAAUUUUGAUUGCAUUCAUUUUUCUUGAGCUCAUAUUAAAUUGUCCAUCUCCUCUUCUUCUUCCUUAGGUGGAUUCCCAAUAUUUUGAAGAGGGAAAUGUGCAAUUAGAUGCAAAACAUGAAUGCAAAGAUUCAUUAGCAUUUCAGCGAAUGAAAAUGAUUGAUCCCCACUUGGUUUCAUUAUUUUUUUGGCGACAACAAAAGGUUAUAUUUGCAUGCUACAAUGGAGUUAGAAAAUAGAAAUUCCAGAGUAACAAAGGGAAGCAUUUAUUAGUUGAACAUCUUCAGACUCAACAUGUGUCAAUCCCUGCCGGAUUGCAAGUGCAAUAUACAUUUCCUGAGGUCAGUGAUAGCAUGCAUUCUUUUGUUACUUUGUGGAGAAUAGUCUUCUUUCAGCUUGCCUCGUUGUUAAGCCAUUCAAAAGGUUAUGAUACUCUGUUUCAAUAAGAAGUUAACAACCAUUCAGUGUAAAUUUCUUUUAUUCAUAGUAUCUUAAAACGCAUUUCUGAUUU